AUGGACGACUUUGUGCGCUGCGCCGCGCUGCUGGCGUCGCCCGCCACGGAUCCGGCGCUGCGGGCGCAGGCCGACGCCUGGCUGGCGGCCUUCCGCCUGGAGCCCGCGGCGUGGGCGGCUGCGCUGGGCGUGCUGCGCAGCGCUGGCGUGCCUCCCGAGGUCCGCCUGCAGGCCGCCUCCCUGCUGGCGUGGAAGGUAAAGAGGCAGCUGGGGCAGCUGCAGCCCGUGGAGCGGCAGGCGGAGCUGGCUGAGGCGCUGGCGGGGCUGGCGGAGGCGGCGCCGGCGCCGCCGCCCGGCCAGGCGCGCGACCCGGCUGUGCGCUGCGUGUGCGUGGCUCUGGCCAACCUGGCCAUCCAGUGCAGCGGCUGGGUGCGCCCGCUGGACACCCUGGGCCCGCGGCUGAGCCGGGAGCGCAUGCUUGAGUUCCUCACGCUGCUGCCACAAGAGUGCGAGGAUGCGGCGGCGGCGGCGCAGGCGGCGUCUGCUGAGGUGGCGUGGGGCCUCAAGGCGCGAGCCCACAAGUGGAGCCCCGAGGUCGCCGCCUGGCUGCACGCCCUGCACAGCAGCAGCGGCGCCGCCGCCGCCGCCAGCCCAGGGGCCGCCCAGGGACCGCCCAGCCCGCACCAGCACUCCCCCGCGGCGGCGCAGCAGCGGGAGGAGUGGGAGGCGCUCACGCUGGCCGUGCUGGGCUGCUUCGGCGCGUGGGUCAAGUGGGGCUGCCUGCAGUAUGUGGCCCCCCACCAUGCCGCCUACUUUGCCUCCCUGGCCGGGGAGCUGCUGUUUGCCGGCGACCCCGCCCGCGGCCUGCCCUUCAGCCCCACCUGCCUGCCCGCGGCGGUGGAUGCGGCCAGCGAAAUCAUCGAGCAUGCCACAGAGGAGCUGCAGCCGCUGCUGGUGCAGCUGGCGGCGGCGCUGCCGGCGCGCGCGGCGGCUCUGGCUGCCGCCGGCGGCGGGGCGGCUGCCGAGGAGCUGAGCCACGUCUUCUCCCUGUUUGUGGGCACCCACGCGCCGCUGUGCGCGGCGUCUGGGCCGCAGGGGCGGGCGCUGCGCCAGGGCCUGCUGCAGCUGCUGGCGCUGCCCGUCGAGCCAGGCGGCGACGGCGGCGGCGCCGCGCUGCCCGCCAUGGGUGCCCUGUCAGACCUGCUGGAGCAGCUGGCGGCGGCGCGGGGGCGGCACGGCGGCGGCGGGGCGUGGGGCGAGGGCGCUGGGGAGGCCGGGGACGCCGCCGGCGGCAGCCUGGAUGGCGCCGACAGGCCCAUGGGCCCCCAGGAGCAGGCCUGCUUUGCUGCCUCUGCGCUGGAGGUUCUGCUGGCGCAGGUGGCGCCGCACGCGGCAGCCUUCCAGUCGCCGCCGCCGGCAGGGGCGGGCGGCACGGCGCCGGCGCAGCGCGGCACGCACAGCCCCGAGGGCGUGCCUCACGCGUUGCGCGGCGAGGCGGCCGCCGUGGUUGAUGUGCUGGGCGACCUGCUGGGCGCUGACGUGGCGCUGACGGCGCUGGCUGCGCAUGCCGAGACAGCGGCGGCGCGCCACGGCCCCGCCAGCCUGCCCGCCCAGGCCGCCUUGGACGCCUGCCUGCACGUUUUGGACGGCAUGAGCGGGCUGCUGGACACGAGCUGUGCAGAACGCGGCGCGGGGGACCCGCCGCCUGGCUGGCUGGCAGGCUUGCUGCGCCUGUAUGCUCUGGUGCCCGAGGCAGGCGGCAGCAGCGGGGCCCCCCUCACCAUCCUCCACGCCGACCUGCUGGCCAGCUGGGCAUCGCUGGGCCGCCUCGUCAUGCCUCUGCUGCAGGCCUCGCACCAGCACCAGCAGCAGGAGGCGGUGCUUCAGCUGGUGGUGGGCCAGUCGCUGCGCGCGCUUUCCAGCCAGCACAGGACGGCCGACGUGGCGCCGGGCAGCACCGAGGAUGUGGUGGAGCGCGGCGCCGCGGCGCUGCGCACGCUGUGCAGCUCCGCCGCUGCCUGCGGCAUGCCCACCACGCCUCAGCUGCUGGCGGCGGUGCAGCAGGGCAUGGCGGCGCUGCAGGCGUCUCCACAGUACCAGCAGUACCAGGAGGCACAUUGCCACUUGGUGGCGGGCCUGGUGCAUGCACUGCACGGUAUCCCACCCGGCGACCGCCAGCUGCAGGCCCAGGCGGAAGCUGCGGUACGCCAGCACGUGCUGGAGCCUCUGGCGGCGGCGCUGGGGGAGGCAGGGGCCGCGCUGGCAGCAUCGCCGGGCCCCCAGCACCUGCAGCAGCUGCGCGGCGCGCUGUGGCGCCUGCACGCCCGCCUGCGCCAGCUCCAGGCCCUGCUCAACUCCCUAGAAUCCUAUGAGGAGGGCGACGGCGGCAGCCUGAGGGGCGCGGAAGUUUCGCUGGGCGUGAGGCAGGCAGCACUGGCCACGCUGCUGGCCUGCUGGCCGCGGCUGGGCGAGGUGUGCCGGUGGCAGAGGCAGGCGGCGGCGGCGGCGGCGGCGGCGCCAGCUGGCGCCAGCCUGGCGUCCGUGCGGCGAGAGCUGCUCCAGGAGGUGGCGCACUGCCUGUCCAGUGCCAUGGCUCUCGACCCGGCAGCCUUCCAGCAGGCGCUGCCGUCCUUUGCAGAGACCGCCGCCGCCUGCUGCUUUCAGCCGGGUGGCGGCGCGCUGCUGCGUCAUCUGCAGCAGGCUGUGGAGGCGUACGGCCCCCUGCCGCACCUCCAGCCGCCGCUGCUGGGCACCGUGCGGGCCAUGCUGGGGGCGCCGCAGGCGCGCGCGCUGGCGGCGUUGCGUGGCGGCGACGCCGACCCCGAGGCCACCCAGGCGCUGCUGUCCCUGCUGGGGUGCUGCAUGCGGCAGGCAGCCCAGUGGCGGCAGCUGGCUCCCGGCGCGGGGGCAGAGGUGGAGGCGGUGCUGAGCCUGGGGCUGCCGCUGGCGGCAGCCAACGCGGCGUGCCACCACCGCGACGCCUCCCACGCGGCGCUGGGCGCGCUGACCGCGCUGCUGGCGCUGCUGCUUGACCGGCGCAGCCCGCUGCACGGCGCGCUGCUGGGCUUUGCGCGGCGGCAGGGGGCGCUGCUGGUGCAGGGGCUGCUGCUGGCGCUGCUCUCCCUCAACUCCGCUUCGCACCUGCCCAAGGUGGUGAGCCUGAUGAGCGACAUGGCGCUGCUGGCGGCUUCCCUGGCCAUCGCACAGCAGCAGCAGCAGCAGCAGCAGCAGGGCGGCGGCGCCCCCACCGCAGAAUCGGUCUGCUCAGCGGCGGGCAGCCAGCUGGGGUGCUGGCUGGGCGAGGCGCGCGCGGCUGUGACCCAGAGCGGCGCUCUGUCAGAGGAAGCCAUGGCGGCGCUGCUGGCGCAGUGGCAGUGGCAGCCGGUGCUGCAGCAGGCGGCGGCGCAGCUGACGCAGCAGCGGGGCGUGGGCGGGGCCAACGGCGGCGGCGCCAGCAUGGCGGAAGUGCGGCGCGGCAUGCAGCGCUCGCUGCGCCAGCUGGCAGACCUGAUGCGGCGCAGCGGCGGCCAGUACCCGCAGCAGGGGGUGCCUCUGUGCUGA